AUGGAGGCUCAUAAUAUUUGUUCGAGUGCAAUUGUUGGUGAAGUUCUUAAAGGACAAGAGAACUAUGCAAACUGGAGAGUUUGCAUACGAAACUAUUUGUGGGUUCGAGAUCUGUGGGACGUUGUGGAAGAAACUUCAGAACCUCCCAAACAGGAAGAAAUUGGUGACGAGGCUCAUUUAAAGACUUGGUGGAAGAGGAAUGUCAGUGCUUUACAUGCUAUUCAAAUUUCAUGUGCUCCUAACAUGCUUUCUUAUAUAGUAGACAUGACUACUGCUAAUGAUGCUUGGAAAACUUUGGCCCAAAAGUGCCAACAGCCGCCUAUGCCAGCUGAAGAUGCGAUAACGCCUAUGCCAGCUGAAGAUGCGCUAACGCAACCAGUGGCCGUGGUUGUUGAACGCACUCAUACUUUGGAAUUGGUCAAGUCUAUUAGCAGAAGUGACUUGGAAAACACGUUCCGUCUCUUAAAGGAGAACCCGCAUUUAGUCAAUGCCAAAAUAUUUGUGAACACCGAGCGCAAGCCCCUUCAUUUUGCAGUCACGGUAGGUAACUUGGUCAUGGUUGAUGAACUGCUACGCUACAUGUCGGAAGAAGACGUGAAAAUACAAGAUCACUGGGGUCGUACAGCUCUUCACUUUGCCGCCAUGUCCCCUGGAAACACCAUGAUUGCCGAAAGCUUGAUCAGAAAGAACGAGGAAUUGCUUACUAUUCCAGAUAACGAAGUAGGAGUUAUUCCACUUGUUUUGGCUUGUCAGAGAGGCCAUAAAGAUAUAGCUCACUACCUUUAUAACGAGACUACACCAGCAUAUCUACUCUCACCAGAAAAUCAAACUCAAGCAGUGUCGUUCCUCUGUUGGUGUGUUGACAGCAAAUUGUUUGAUGUUGCUUUGGAUAUGCUUCGUCGUUGCCCAAGGUUAGCAUUUGCUAAGACCAACAAUCAAUGGAAUGCUGUUUUAGCAUUGUCUCGUCAACAUUCUGCAUUCCUUAGCAGCAGUGGGCUCUCAUUUUGGCAACGCAUGAUCUAUUCUCGUUUAAAGGUGAAACGAUCCGAAGUUUUGUCUAGUGAUGACAACGUUCGUAUAAAUACUCACCAACAACAAGAUCAAAAGGAAACGAAAAACUUCAUGAUGCAAGGAAUCAAGCAAAUAUAUGAUUUGAAGCAGACCCAUUUCUAUGCACAUGAGCUUCUGCUUUUGAUCUCUAACUCGAUAUCUGCUUUAAAUGUUGAAGAAAUUCAUCAAAGUUCAGUGGUUGAGGCAAUCAUCAACGCUGCUCAGCGGGGGAUGACGGAGUUUAUUGUCGAAAUCAUUAAAACUAAUCCAGAUUUAUUGGGUAGUGUUGACAAGGACAACAGAACCAUUUUCCAUAUCGCAGUUGCAUAUCGACAAGAAAAACUUUUUAGCCUCAUAUAUGGGCUAGAGGCUCUCAAGUAUGAUUUUCCUAAUUACAGAGAUAACUAUUGUAAUAAUAUUUUACAUUUGGCAGGGCAACUAGAACCCCAAUCCCAGCUUAAGCUUGAUCAAAUCUCAGGAGCUGCUCUGCAAAUGCAAAGAGAACUACAGUGGUUCAAGGAGGUAGAAAGCAUUGUACCACCAGCAUUUAAAGAACGUGAAAAUGGUAACGGGAAAACUCCUUAUGAAGUAUUUGAUCAAAUUCAUGCCAACUUGGUAAAAAAGGGGGAACAAUGGAUGAAGGAUAUAGCACAAUCAUCUACGAUUGUUGGCACUCUUAUCAUCACCAUUACGUUCGCUGCUCUUUUCACCGUUCCAGGAGGCAACAAUCAAGACACUGGUAUUCCCAUACUCUUAACCAAAAAACUUUUCAAGCUAUUCAUAAUCUUGGAUGCUGUUUCUCUCUUUUCUUCUUCCACUUCAGUGUUGGUAUUUGUUGGCAUCCUCACAUCACGAUAUUCAAAAGAUGAUUUCCUCACAUCGUUGCCCACGAAAUUGAUUAUCGGACUUUUGGCCCUCUUCAUUUCUAUUGCGACAAUGAUGGUAGCUUUUUGCUCCACAGUUAUUAUCAUGCUAAAGGGCCAAUUAGAGCUAGUGAUUCCUAUCGUGUUGCUAGCAGCCAUUCCAAUUUGUCUCUUCGUGUGGUUGCAGUUUCCACUUCUUUGGACUGUUUCUAUCUCAACUUAUGGACCUGGGAUCUUUGAUAGGAAAGUGAAGAAAUGGUUCUAA